AUGCCAAAGCUCUUUUUGCCUCCCCGCAAGAUAAGCGAGCCAUCAAACACCUCCGUCGCAUCUUCCACGCCCGUCCACUCUCGCGCUGGUCCCUCUCUUAACGUGUCAUCGUCGCCGUCCCCUACUGAUGUUCCCGUGGCGAAUCCGAAUACCCAUAUACCCCCGCUUCCAACACUGAACACUGGAACCGCCGCACCGACUCCAGUCCUUUCACUAUCUCCACUGUUUAUAGAUGGGAACUCUCACGGCAAGGCUAUUACCCCCCCGACUCUCUCGAGGCCUUCUAGCUCGAAUCGAAGGAAAGGCCCUCCUAGGAUUGUGGCAUGUGGUGCGUAUUCGUUCUAUCCUGAUCCCAUACUCCCAUAUUUUGUCGUUGCAAGCACCCCAACUAACGAAUUCAUCUAGUCUCCUGUCAUAAACAGAAGAAGAAAUGUGGAGGGGAACGACCUUGUACACGCUGCCUGGUGCUCGGGGCAGUCUGCGUAGAACAGGAAAGGCCUAGUGAUGGAUUUCAGUACAUUCGAAAGAAGAAGAAGUUGAGGAGCGAGAGGGCCCUGGAUCCACUACCCCAGCUUCCCGUUCACCCUGUGAACCAUCCCGCCCCCUUCCCUGGCAGCCUGUGGGCCGCCAUGGCCCAGCAAGCAAGUUAUGAUAGCCCGGUUUACCAGAACCAGCUUCCGUCGCCUUCGCCGUCGUUAACAAUGGUGGGUACACCUAGCGACUCUCCAUCCGAGCGUGAUCUUUCUUACCAAGGAUCAGGUCCUGGCGGAAAUGGUGAACGCCGUGACCGAAGCCCGCGAGUGGCCAGUGGGGACGUGACGCAAUGCUGUGGUGACGAAUCGACUCCAACACAAACCCCAGUCUCGAUUGUAGCACCGCCUUCCCCAUCCCCCGAGCCAGACUCAGUUGCUAAUCAGCUGACUUCACACACUAUUUCUGACUAUUUCGACACUGCCCUGGAACUGGUACCAGGUCCAUCUGAUCCCGACCUCAGCCCCCUCACUGACUUGGAGGCCGACCUUGAAUUGGACCUUGAGUUGUUUGGGUCCCCCGAAAAUGAGGGUUCUUCACCGGAUGGUUGCAACGCUGUUGAUACCCCAAUUCUUAGCGAGCAGGCUGAGAGUACAGCUCAGUUGGGCAAAGGUGGGGGUGAGACUACCCCUAGCGCUGGAUUCUCUGAAUUAGAGUGGGAAGCAUGGAACACGAAAUAUCCUUCCGCCGACGUGGCCCCUUCUUCUCCGUCCUUUCUCGAUCUCGACGGUGGGUUCGAUUUCCUCGAGCCACCACCUCCUGGCUCGCCUGCACCAAUGACUCCUGUCCGUAAGCACACCCCGCAAUUGCAACUGGAAGGUACCACCAUCGCAAAUACCACCUAG